CUGUAAUUGUUAAACUAAGUCCUACUCUAAUUUCAACCUUUACAAUCACUUCAGAUUCAACUUUUACUUUAAAUUCUUCUUAUUCAUUAUCUGAUAGAACAGUUUAUUCAUGGAAAUCAGUUAUUGAACAAAGACUUAUAUCCUUUUUUGAUACUACUGAUUCACUAUCUAAUAAAUCAAUUAAUCAAUAA